UACCUUAUUUUGAAAUGUAUUAUCGUUGCUGGCUUUACAUAUUAUCUAUAACCAAUAUCGUUUUAACGAAUUUCAGACCUGGACUCUAUUGCAAACUGCUUUAGGUCCUUGAUAACUAAACUUCCCCUAGUGUAAUUAGACGUGUUGGUGUCAUUUUAGGAGUGGAUGUACAAGAAGCCUGUUUGAGCUGUAGGAUGCUGUACUCUAAAGGCUGUCAGAGUCCACUGGACAAUAAACACGAUCUUCAGUCCAGUCGGAUUUUCAUUGCCGUCUAAAUGAAACCGAUUAACUGAAGGUUUAGUAUUUGCGGUUGUGCACAAGAAGAUGAAAGCUAACAUGUUAAAGAAAAAAAAGAAAAUAACCAAACAGCUGCAAAAUGUUGAUGAAGAGCCGUUGCCAUCAAAUAGUGAUGACAUCAGUAUCGACAUGGAUAAAACCAAAACAUCUAAUAACACUCAGGACUGUGUUAUGGACGCCUGUCCCGAGGUCACACAGAUGAGAACAGAACAAGAAGAGCUGGAGGCUUUGGGAGUCCUAACUGUGUCAUCUGAACAACACCAACAACAGAAGCAACAGCCUCAUCCUCCUGCUUUCAGAGCAUUCAUUCCAAAGACAGAACCAGACUGUGUCCCCUUAAACCCACCCAGUUUUCAGAUCAAAACUGAGCCUGGCAUUUAUGAAGUGCUGCAGAGAGAGUCUGCCUUGAUUGUGAAGGAGGAAGUGAAGCUUGAGACACCAGAUGAAAACUCUGUGGGUGCUUCUGGCCUGGAGAAAAACUCAGCUUCUUCCUCCCUGGUUUUUCCUUGCCCCCAUUGCUCUGUGACUUUCACUGAGUUUACAUACCUGGACAAACACCUCAAAUGGUGCCAUCAAAGUGAAUAUCUGGCAUGGGUAAAAAACCACAAAGUCUACAACUGCUCUAAAAUAUCCUCUGGGAUGCUCAGCUGCUCGAUGUGUCACUAUUGGUUCUUCUCUCAGACGCAGUUGGAGACCCACAUGCGCAAGGCACACCUUCCCACGCCCAAACCCACCCGAAAGCGCUACACCUGCCCGCAGUGUGAUCGUAGCUUCGAUUACAUCGGUAACCUGCAAAACCACUGCCGCAGAUGCCAUGGCUUAGCCACGGUGUGUAAAGAUGGACAUAUUAGCUGUGCCGCAUGCGGUAAAAGCUUUGCCGGAGUCUGGGGUCUCGGACCACAUCGCUGCCACGAGGACGAGAUGAAACCCAAAGUGGAUGUCGACGAACCCAUUUGCACGGACCGUGGCUACUUGUGCCGAGAUUGUGGCAAGAACUGCUCUACGCUUCAGUGUCUGACGAUACACAAACGCACUCACACGGGCGAGAAGCCGUUCGUCUGCGAAGACUGCGGCCGUAGGUUUCAUGAUAUGGGGAGUCUGCGGAAGCAUAAAGUCAUCCAUACGGGAAUCCGGCCUUACAAAUGCCCCGAAUGCGAUAAAGAGUUUGCCAGGAUGGCCCACCUUAGAUGCCAUCUGCGAACCCACACUGGGGAAAGGCCGUACCAGUGCCCCCAGUGCGGGAUGAGAUUCAGCCACUUAUCGACGCUUCGUAUCCACCAAGAAGUUCACUCUAAGGAAAAAGCAUUUCCGUGCCCCGACUGCGGCAAAACAUUCUCAGCGCUAAGGUACGUGAAGGUCCACCAAAGAGCGCACAACUCAGAGCGAAUGUUGCAGUGCAGAGAGUGCACAAAGACAUUUUCACGGGAGGACGUGCUGAAGAAACACCUGCGCAUUCACACGGGAGAACGGCCAUACUUCUGCAACGUCUGCAGCAAGCGUUUCGUCCGUAUACAGCACCUGAAAAACCACAUGCGCACGCACACCGGCGAGAAACCGUACCGCUGCGAGCAGUGCGGCUCCAGUUACGCCCAGUCUGGCGAUUUGACCAAACACAUAAGGAGACACACAGGGGAAAAACCCUACGCCUGUUCUGACUGCGACCGCCGCUUCAACAACUCAGGCGACCUGAGCAAGCACAGGCGCAGUCACACGGGCCACAGACCCUACAAGUGUACGGAGUGCGGGAAAAGUUUUCUUCUGCCCCAGCACCUGAAGUUACACAAACAAACGCACACGGGCGAGAGGCCUUACAGCUGCCCGCGGUGUCUCCGCACCUUCACUCGCUCGCACCAUCUUUCUCAACACAUGGAAAAGCACAUUUGAGGAUAAGAGUUCUGCACCAUAAAAUGAUUGGGUGUUUUUUGAUGAAUUGGAAAGUAGUUUACUUAAAAAGUAAAUGAAUCCAGAUGCAUUGUCUUCCUUUCUGGACUGCCCUUAAAGGUUUAGCAUAUAGUUAUUUUGCAUGCUCAACUCCACUGGAGACAUUAAAUGAAUAGAAUUAAUGCCUUAUUAGUUCACUUUCAAAUUAACAUUACCCCAAGCUUUACUCACCCUCAAGCCAUCCUAGGUGUAUAUGUCUUUCUUCUUUCUGAUGAGCACAAUCUGAGAUAUAUUAAAUAUCCUGACGAAUCCAAGCUUUAUAAUGGCAGUGAGCGAUACCAAUGAGUAUAAGCUUAAGAAAGCGCUUCCAUCCACAUCCAUCCAUCAUAAACAUACUCCACACAUCUCCGGGGGGUUAAUAAAGUCUUUCUGAAGUGAAGCGAUGUGUUUGUGUGAAAAAAUAUCCAUAUUUAACAAGUUAUGAAGUAAAAUAUCUAGCUUCUGCCAGACUGCCUUCCGUAUUCAACUUAUGAAGAAAGUGUAAAACUCUCGCUGUUCAAAAAGCUUACACUAUGUCCUACGCCUUCCCUUUUCAACUUACGGAAAAAGCUUAAAUGACGUGACGCCAUCUCUGUUUUUUCAUAAUUUUUUUUUUUUUUUUACACAAACACAUCGCUUCACUUCAGAAGGCCUUUAUUAACACCCCGGAGCUGUGUGGAGUAUGUUUUGCUUUGGAUGGAGGCACUUUCUUGAGCUUCAUAUUCAUUGUUUCCUGUUUACUGCCAUUAUAAAGCUCGGAAUGCGUCAGGAUAUUUAUUAAUAUUUCUCAGAUUGUGUUCAUCAGAAAGAAGAAAGUCAUACACACCUAGGAUGGCUUGAGGGUGAGUAAAGCUUGGGGUAAUUUUCAUUCGAAAGUGAACUAAUCCUUUAAAUCUGGAAAACAAAAAACAAACAGUGCUUUGACUUUAAUGUAUCUAUUUAAAGGUGCAGGCAGCACUAGCAGUGCAGAUUAAAUUGUAAAAUAAUUUAAAGAAACUGUUGGUUCAUAACAAUGAACGAGGAUGUGACUUCUACUUCAUUUGUUUAAAAAGACUGCUGUGGCAUAAUAAUAAUCUAUGAGCUUUAUUAUGGAAGCAUUUAAUGGCUGCAUCUAUAAAUUGAGGUCAAAAUUUCUCUUUUUGCUCAACACUCAACGCAUCUGAAAUAUGAUGAAACGAUGAAUGAGGCAGAAAGGUACAGAAUGUUUUAUUUCUGUUUCUACAUAUGUAUUGCCAACUAAGUGUAAGCAGUUUGUUUGUUAAUAUAAAAGUGACAUUAUGCACUUUUGCCUCAUAUUCAUCUUUUAAUAUUUUCAGAUGCCUUGUAUACUGCAAAAAAGCAAUUUUGUCUCUGCUAUCCUAAUGCUUUAUGGAGGGCACUGUAUAUCUACCUUUGUGUGUUGAAUUUUCAUCAAGUAAAUACUGUAAUGGGUUGGUUAUUUUACAGUUUAUUGUUGUAGCUGAUCCUAAAUUCCUUCCAUUUAGUGUUAAUGUUCAAUGCCAAAGUAUUUUGAGGGUAAGAUAAUUUAAUAAUUAUUAUUGUGGCUUGUUAAGAUGAAAGUAAUUUUACAUGUAUGCAUUGAAGCACUGAUAACUUGAUCAUACUGAUGUAAAUCAGUAUGAAGCUCUAAGAUAUAAGUUCCUAAUUUUUCAAUUAAUUUUGAAAUAUAUGACUUGUGCUCACUAAAACUUUACUACUAAACCUGGUUUCGUCAUUGUAUUGGCUUGUACUGUGCAUCUGAAACUGUAUUCUUAUCUUAAAUAAACAGUAAAAUACAAUAUUGUAACCAUG